AUGCGCCGCUUCGAAAGAAUCUACGAUGUGGUAGAGCCUUUUGAAGAAUAUCGUCAAGGGGGAUACCAUCCUGUGCAUCUUCACGAUGUGCUCCUCCAUAGAUACGAAGUUAUUGGGAAGAUAGCAUAUGGCCAAUACUCGACGGUGUGGCUUGCAAAGGACCAACUAAAAAAUUCACAACAAGUGGUACUGAAAAUACUAAAAGCAGAAGCAUCCCAAGACAACAACAGGGAGCUUUCAAUCCUUCUUACCCUCUCAGAUUCCAAUAUAGAUCAUCCUGGAAAGAAACAAAUAGUUGAACUACUCGAUCAUUUCUACACCAAAGGACCGAACGGAACUCACUUGUGCCUUGUUUUCCCUACGACGAUAUCUGACGGGGCAGCAUUGACGGUCAGUGGAAGUCCGCGUGAAGUCAGCUACAUACGGGCUAUUUCUCGUCAGCUUUUGCUGGGACUUGACUUCCUACAUCAGUCAGGCAUUGUACACUGUGAUCUUCAACCGGCAAAUAUCCUGUUUUCAAUGGCUGGGGGUACAGACAUGGAGGCGUUAUUACAGCCUCCUGAGUUCAGUCCCGUGAAGUGGUUGGGAGGAGUUACUGUAGAUGACAGCGCUCCUGAGUAUCUGGUGCCUAGCCAAAAGCGAAGAGGCCAGUUGAGUGAUGCACAUUUCCCAACACUGGAGGUCAGGAUUGGGGAUUUUGGCGGAGGUAAGAUACGCAUGUCUGUAUCGAAUUUUGUCUGGACAGCUUCACUGAGGCUUACACUAGCUCAAUAUGUUCAAUACUGUGAUGAAAAACCAGUGACACCUUUGGGCUUGCGCGCACCUGAGCUGUUUAGGAAGACCCGGGAUACUUCAAUUGAUACUACGCUGGACAUCUGGGCAUUGGGAUGUUUGAUAUUCGCACUAGCGACGAAUGAGCCACUGUUCCCUCUGGACACGUUCGGCAUCACACGAGAGGAGAUAGACAAUGACCACGGUAUUCUCAUUGAGAAACGACUCGGUUCGAACAACCAGGACGGGGACUUCGCAGAAUACCUACGCGAACGGUUACCUGAGAAUUUUGGUGCUAAGAAUGCGGAGAGCCUCGCCUCGUUCCUUCUACUUAUGUUGCAAAUAGACCCUCGCGAACGUUUAUCAGCAGAACAGCUACUUCAGACACCCUUUAUGACGGAUGAUUGCUGA